CAGGGAGACAGAUCCGUGUUCAGAGUGCAGCUGCAGCCACCUCCACCACCUCCUCCACCUCCCUGUACUCCACCAGGACGCGCAUGCGCACUGGCUCAUCUGUGCGCUCUACUGUUUGCAUUGUGUCUGAACUGCCGGCGAGCUUUAAAAAUAUUAUACCCACCGCGGCAAUGUCGGGCAGGUCGGUCCGAGCUGAGACCCGGAGCAGGGCGAAAGAUGACAUCAAGAGGGUUAUGGCCGCUAUUGAGAAAGUACGAAAAUGGGAAAAGAAAUGGGUGACUGUAGGAGACACGUCCCUUCGUAUUUACAAGUGGGUGCCGGUGACGGAGCCGAAAUCAGACGACAAGAACAAAAACAAGAAGAAGGGGAAGGAUGAGAAGUACGGCUCGGAGUUGACGACUCCAGAGAACAGCUCGUCUCCAGGGAUGAUGGACAUGCAUGAUGACAACAGCAACCAGAGCUCCAUCGCCGACUCUUCCCCGGUGAAACAGGAAACCAGCUGCAGCACCAGCCCCGCCCCUGAGGCCAACGCCGCGUCACACCGGGAGAACAGCGAGGCCAAGAGCGACCAGAGCCCGGACAGCAAGAGAGGGAAGAGCAUCUCUUCAUCAGAGAGCUCAGAGAGAGCGCAGAGCACCAAGAGAGACGGUCUGUCAUCAGGGGUAAAGGAGUCUUCAGACAGCAAAGCCACUCAGGACCUACAGGACGAGGCCCCACCCAGCAAGAAGAGCAAACUGGAGUCCUCGUCUCAGGACUUUGAGGAGAGUUAAAUGUUUGGGGCUGAGUCAUUUCUCUCCUUCGCCCUCCCGUCUCCCUCCCUUCCUCCUUCCAUUAACUCUAGAUGAUUUAGGGCUAAUGGACACACCAACUCUUCUCUCACACUCAUUUUUCCCUCCGGCCCCCCACCUCUUCUACCCAAACUCUUCAAAAUCGAAGGGAGAAUGGACGUUUCCCUCCAUGAUGGCUGCCCCCCACCCCUCCCUGAACACUCCUUUGCCACAGAGGGAGAAUGGAUAUUACCUCUGUUCACUGGUCCCCUCCGUGCUUCCUUCCAGUCCUUCAAACUUUUGCCAAGAGAAGCGCCGAGCCCAUGCUGCCAUGCCCCUCUGCAGCCAGCGGGGGGCGCUGUCAGCUCAGCCCAGCCGCCACCAGGCCAGACCACAGACCCUGACCUGCUUCUGUGACUCAACACUGGGGAUCUGAGAUCAGGACGAGUUCGACCGCAGACGCUGCUGUGAGAUCACUUUCUCUGCUAAUGGUUAAGCUCAGGAUAACUCAACAGGCUAACCUGGUCUCAGAUCAGCGGCUGCGGAGGGAACCUCAGCCCUAAGACCACGUCACGUCAACCCUCCCGAUCCGCCUCCUGCUAGACUAAUGUUCUCUAUUUGUUUAGGAAAUGUUUAGGGUUUUUUUCUCAGGAGGGUCAAUGCACUGUUAUGGUUCGUCACAAUCGAUCACAGGUAGAUUUGCUGCUGUAGUGGACGUCUUUUUUCUCUAUCCAUGAAAAGUUCUCCAUUCAUGUGUUUUCUAAAGUGAAUUAGCUUGUGGUUGGUAGUAGACGAUGAUGGUACUGGUCGAGAUAAACUCCUGGAUAAGUAGUGAAGAUGGGUGUGGCUAGUGUAGGUCCUGGAGGCGUGCCUUGAGUUGCUACAAUUCAUUUAUGUUUUAGGUCAAGCUGGUUUUGAAUUACAAUUUUGGUGCCAUGUUUGGUUUGUUUUUUGCCUUAUAAUCGUCACUAAUUCAUUCAUCCCAUAUUUAUAUCCUACUACAACAGAUGGCUUUUAGUACAAGGAACAGCACUGGAAAUAUUUGCUUUCUUGCUGGGAGUAAACGAGAAGUUUGACACCUCCGUCACAUCAGAUCUGAAGCAACCCCAGGAGCCCGGAAGAUGGAAACAAGUAGCCCAGUUCUGUCCAAAGAUCUAAAACCUUGCAGCUGAUUUUGGAUCAAGAUUCGCUGCUCCAUUAGAGAGCAGGAAUAAGAGUUUUAAAACAUCCUAAAUCAUGACAAUGUUGAGUCCAAACAGAAGCCAGAAAGCUUCUGGUACCAAAAUCUUGUCCUGUGCUCGCAGAUUGUAAUCAUUACAUUUUAUAGCUGAUUUUCUGUCAUAAACAUCUGUAGCUGCAGCUGUAAAGAGUCUCCUCGCACCUGCUGCUCUCCAGCUCCAGUCCAUUCACAUCUCUCUGGCUUUAUUUCUGUCAAAAAGGAGUCAUGCACAGAAUUCUCAGCUUCUCAGAUUUGUUGUUUUAAUUCAACACAAAACAAAUUAUUUACUUUUUUUAAACUCCUACAGAAAUUACAAGGAAUCCGUGCUUGACUAAUUUCUUGGAACAUACAUCCUCCAUUAGGCCGAUGCUCUGUCUUUUUUUAAAGAAUUGAAUUAGUCUCUGCACCCAGACUGAACCGUCCCCAUGCUCCAUUAAGUUUCUGUUUUCAGCCUGGUCAUGUUUGGAGUCUUUUCUGCACCGAAAGCCAGUAAUAAACCUCUGAUUAUGUUUGCUCGAGAGGCGACGUUGAAGCAUCAGUUCGCUCUGCUUCCUGCGAGAAAGUAAACAUGCGUACUGUUCCUUUAAAACUGUUGUAGACUGGAAUCUGAACACUACCCAGAAGUCUCUCUUCUGGAACUUUUUAACAUCAUCAACCCUCUUCCAUCAGAACCGGACCGGUCUGUUUCUGCUUCAGCUGGUCCGACUGAAGCAGAAACGGACACGUUUCUCAGACUGUCCCUUUCCGUAAGUCCUCGUGUAUCACUACUUAUCUCUGACCUACAGAUGUUAGUGUAGCUCACUGCGGAUGGUCCAGUCUUAGCUCAAACAUUUGGUUCCAGUCCUCCUUCAAGGUGCUGUCCAUCGGCUGAAUCCAUACAUGUGGCAUCAAGCUCCUGGUUUUGUGCGCUUAACUUGAACUUGAAUGUAGGGAUUCAGACCUGCAACCUCUAAUGUACAAACACGUUCAAUAUUUAAUAUGGAUACAGAUUGAAAUCAAUUGAAUCACUGCAAACCAAUUACUUCAUCACAUGUUGGGGCUAUUCAUCACAACACAGAAUUACUUGAUCAGAUUUCAACAAAUCAGCAUUUGCAUGGAUGGAGAGAAAAGAAAAACUUUGUCUCAGUUAGAGAAUGGAUUAGCAUAUACCUCAUUCCCAGUCCAGCAGAGCUGGAACUUAAAAUGCUAUCGUAUUGACAUUAACAGUUAUAAACAGCAUUACGUACACUCAGUUAAAAUAUCUCACUUAUGUUGUAGCUUUCACCUAAUUGAGCCAAUUGCUUAUAGUUUGCUCAUAACUGUGUGUAAAAAGAAAAAUAAUAAGAAAAAAAAUCUUGUAUUUUUUCCCUUGGGACCAUUUUGUUUUUCUUUAGAUCUUGUACAGAUUUAUGGUUUGGUUUGACUUAUUUAUUCCAUCAGUAGUGCUUGGUUUUUACCAUGUCCAAUUGUUUUGUUUUCUUAAUAAAAGUCACAAAAUUU